GACCACCUCGCGACACUGGCUCGUCGUCCACCACGCCAGUCACAUAUCACAUCUUGAAAAUUCGUUCAUUGUAUUUUUGUCAAAAAUCGAAAGUGAUCAAUACACAUUGUCUUUUGGAAUAAUCUAUACCCUAGUGAAUUUAGCAGAUCGUUCAGCCUUCGUUGAGUUAAUCUCUUCCAAACGUGAAAGACUUCCGCAAUGGAUCCUGAAAGUUUCAAGGAUUUCGCUAAAGAAAUGGCGGAUUUCAUCGCCAAUUAUCUGGAAAACAUUCGAGACAGGCGCGUUUUGCCGACUGUUGAGCCCGGAUAUAUCAAGCCCCUGUUGCCAUCCGAGGCACCACAGACACCAGAAAGAUGGGAAGAUAUCAUGGGAGAUAUUGAGAGAGUUAUCAUGCCAGGGGUAACACACUGGCACAGUCCCAGAUUUCACGCCUAUUUCCCAACAGCCCAGUCGUACCCGGCAAUCGUCGCCGAUAUGCUCAGCGGUGCUAUCGCCUGCAUAGGUUUCACCUGGAUUGCGAGUCCGGCAUGUACAGAAUUGGAAGUAGUGAUGUUGGACUGGCUGGGAAAGAUGCUGGACCUUCCUAAAGAAUUUAUGGCCUGCUCUGGGGGUAAAGGGGGAGGUGUAAUCCAGGGUACAGCUAGUGAGGCAACUCUGGUUGCUCUCCUAGGAGCAAAAGCCAAGAAAAUUCGCCAAGUCAAGGAGGAGCAUCCCGAGUGGAGCGAUACAGAGAUUACGGGGAAACUAGUCGCUUAUGCCUCCUAUCAGGCUCAUAGUUCCGUAGAGCGUGCUGGGCUCCUUGGAGGUGUUCAGUUUAAAUUGGUUGACGUAGACGCAAAGUACAAAAUGAGGGGUGAUAGCCUCGCCGAAGUAAUUCGACAGGACAAAGAGAAGGGCCUCAUUCCCUUCUAUGCAGUUGCCACAUUGGGAACUACUUGCUCCUGCGCUUUCGAUCGAUUGGACGAAAUUGGGCCAGUGUGCAAUAAGGAAGAAAUCUGGCUGCAUGUUGAUGCAGCUUAUGCCGGAUCUGCAUUUAUCUGUCCGGAAUUCCGUUACCUAAUGAAGGGAAUUGAGAGGGCUGAUUCCUUCAAUUUCAACCCACACAAAUGGAUGUUAGUGAACUUUGAUUGCUCGACUAUGUGGUUGAAGGAUCCAACUUAUGUAAUAAAUGCAUUCAAUGUAGAUCCGUUAUAUUUGAAGCAUGAUAUGCAGGGUUCAGCGCCAGAUUACAGGCAUUGGCAAAUUCCUUUGGGCCGACGUUUCCGUGCCCUAAAACUGUGGUUCGUCCUCCGAAUUUACGGAGUGGAAAAUCUCCAAAAGUUCAUCCGUGGUCACGUUGCCCUAGCAAAGGAAUUUGAGCAACUCGUCCUCACUGAUUCACGAUUUGAAAUAGUCGCUGAAGUUGUUCUCGGACUGGUUUGCUUCAGACUCAAGGCGUCAAAUGAUGUGAACGAAACACUUCUGAAGAGGAUUAAUGGUGCUGGUUUCAUCCACUUGGUUCCCUCGAAAAUAAAUGACACGUACUUCCUCCGCUUAGCCAUAUGCUCGCGUUUUAGCGAGAAAAAAGACAUUGAGAAUUCCUGGAAAGAGAUAAAACUUCGCGCUGACGAGGUCCUCGAGGAGCAAUCGGUCUCCAAGUGAUGGCGGGCGAACAUAACACGUGGCUGUCGUGCACUGGCACCAGCCACAUGCAAUCAGUCCUAAUCAAUGUCGAAGAAACAAGCUUGAACCUUCUCGUUGACACCAACCUUGUGUAACUUUCACUGAUCGGUUCUCCUGGUUUAUAGGUAUUCCGACAGUUGUCUCAAUGUUACAAGUGUCUCAAUGUUCUCCUCCCGCUGAGCCCUCGUUCCGCAAUAGUUUUUAAUCACUCAUAUGUGAGAUUUAUUCCGCAAUCAAAUUUACCUUGGGCUCAGAUUUUUUCCUCUGCUAGUCUGCGACUGGAACGGACCUAUCCCACAUUUUCCUCUAUACUGUAAAUACAUUACUAGAGAUUGAGUUUUUCUAUGUAUAUAUUAAUAAAAUCGUUGGUAUUUAUUUCAUUUCGACCGUCAGUAGAGAAAGUGGAGAAGUGGUAAGACAGGACGCCUCAACUUCAGUUUCGAUUUUUUUGAGAACGUCAAGGAAAUUUCAUUGACAUUUACUUAUGAAUAUGAAAUUUAGGAACAGAAU